AUGGGCGUUACAGUUGAAACCAUCAGGCCCGGGGACGGUCAGAAUUUUCCUGAAAGAGGUCAAACCGUUGUGAUCCAUUAUGUUGGAAGCUUGACCAAUGGACAGCAGCUCGAUUCUUCCGUUGAAAGAGGAAGACCUUUUGAGAUCCCGAUUGGAGUAGGCCAAGUCAUCAGAGGAUGGGUUGAAGGUGUACCUCAACUUUCAAUUGGUCAAAAAGCCAGAUUAACCAUUACCUCAGAUUAUGGUUACGGCUCAAGUGGCGCUGGAGGUGUUAUUCCUCCCAACGCAACUUUGAUCUUUGAGGUCGAGCUUCUUGACAUCAAAGAUUAA